AUGAAUCUCAGUUCAUCCCUCCCUUCUGAGGAACCCAGUUCUAAACCUGAGACACCUAGUUCUCCUAUGAAUCUCAGUUCAUCCCUCCCUCCUGAGAAACCCAGAUCUAAACCUGAGAAACCUAGUGCUCCUAAGAAUCUCAGUUCAUCCCUCCCUUCUGAGAAACCCAGUUCUAAACCUGAGAAUCCUAGUGCUCCAAUGGAAUCUGGUUCCCCUCAAUCUGAGAAGUCUACCGCUCAUCCUGAGAAACCCAGUUCUAACCCUGAGAAACCUAGUGCUCCUAUGAAUCUCAGUUCAUCUCUCCCUUCUGAGGAACCCAGUUCUAAACCUGAGACACCUAGUGCUCCUAUGAAUCUCAGUUCAUCCCUCCCUUCUGAGAAACCCAGUUCCAACCCUGAGAAACCUAGUGCUCCUAUGAAUCUCAGUUCAUCCCUCCCUUCUGAGGAACCCAGUUCUAAACCUGAGACACCUAGUGCUCCUAUGAAUCUCAGUUCAUCCCUCCCUUCUGAGAAACCCAGUUCUAAACCUGAGAAACCUAGUGCUCCAAUGGAAACUGGUUCCCCUCAAUCUGAGAAGUCUAGCUCUCACCCUGAGAAACCCAGUUCUAAACCUGAGAAACCUAGUGCUCCUAAGAAUCUCAGUUCAUCCCUCCCUUCUGAGAAACCCAGUUCUAAACCUGAGAAUCCUAGUGCUCCAAUGGAAUCUGGUUCCCCUCAAUCUGAGAAGUCUGCCUCUCAUCCUGAGAAACCCAGUUCUAACCCUGAUAAACCUAGUGCUCCUAUGAAUCUCAGUUCAUCCCUCCCUUCUGAGAAACCCAGUUCUAAACCUGAGACACCUAGUGCUCCAAUGGAAUCUGGUUCCCCUCAAUCUGAGAAGUCUACCUCUCAUCCUGAGAAACCCAGUUCUAAACCUGAGAAACCUAGUGCUCCAAUGGAAUCUGGUUCCCCUCAAUCUGAGAAGUCUAACUCUCACCCUGAGAAACCUAGUUCUCCUAUGAAUCUCAGUUCAUCCCUCCCUUCUGAGAACCCAGUUCUAACCUGA